ACUUCACCGUUCCUGCGUCUCGAGGAGGCUAGCGGCCGCGCUCCUUCCGCGGGGGCUUCGGAGGAAUUUUCACGGUUUCCCUCCUCGCUUUCUUAGUUUCGAAAGAGUGUUUCGCUUUGGCUGCGAGGACUAUGUCUUCCGCGAGGAGUGCGAAGGACGGCUUGUCGCCGGACGGGGAGGAGGUGGGGACGCGCACGGUCCAGGUGUCCAGUCUGCCGUUCAGCGUCGAGGCGCUCAUGUCGGACAGGAAAACGCGCGGCGACGCGGCGGAGAGAAGCGAAGGGGAGCCGUUAGGGACCCCCAGGGGCCACGCCUCGCUCUCCUUCCCCAGAGACUCGUACAGCCCCGAGGUUUUCCCCAAGCAUUACGUGGAUGCUUCGCCCGUAAAGUCGGAGGCGUCGGAGCCGGAGGACUGUGCGCCUUGGGCGGCCAACCCGCCCUUCUCCCCGCCGCCCCGGCAGCUGAGCCCUAGCACUUGUCCCCUGAGGAAGCACAAAACCAACCGCAAGCCACGCACACCGUUCACCACCUCACAGCUGCUGGCCCUCGAGCGCAAGUUCCGGCAGAAACAGUACCUGUCCAUCGCCGAGCGGGCCGAGUUCUCCAGCUCCCUCAACCUCACUGAGACCCAGGUAAAGAUCUGGUUCCAGAACCGGAGGGCGAAGGCCAAGAGGCUGCAGGAGGCUGAACUGGAGAAGCUGAAGAUGGCCACCAAGCCCCUGUUGCACCCUAGCUUCACGCUACCCUUCCCCCUCAAUUCCCCUCUUCAGACGGCCGCCUCGCUCUAUGGACAGUCGUACCCUUUCCAUCGGCCCGUGUUGCCGGUCUCACCCGUUGGACUCUACGCCACACCCGUGGGCUACAGUGUGUACCACCUUUCAUGAACGUGGACUCGCUUUUGGAGGAAUGUCAUGGAGCUUUUGACCUUCAAAACAUCUCCUUCACCUGAAGACAGUCUUCAUGUUUCUGUAUGCAUGAUAUAAAUACAAAACGCAGAAGGCGGGUACGAUGCAGCUGGACAGCCUCAGUUUGUGUCAAACAUCAAAUAACUUGUCAAGGAAUUAAGCUUUGCGUUUACAUCCAUGCGGGAUACGUCUUUAGUUGCUCAAGAAAAAACACGAUGCUGCACAACCUACAGGACAUGCCUUCUACAGAAACCUGUAUGGUUAUACAGCAGAGGUCUGCUCUUUUGAGCUUACGGGACCUUGAGGAUUAAUAACUGAGAUUUGGACAUAUAUUGGUUCGUUUGUAGAUCUUUCCUCCGUAUAUCCACUUUCUCUGUCUUUCACAGUUGUCAUAUUUAAACUCUUGUUUGCACUUCUACACCAGUUAGAGCCAGUGCAGAUCUUUUUUUUUUUUUUUUUUUUAAACCUGUCAACAUUGUCAUACUUUAGAGGUCUUUAGUCACUAUACAGGUGAGUGUUUGUUUGACCGCUGCUUCUGUAAGUCGUAAACCCGUCAAUCCGAACAACCUAAUCAUGUGUUUAAUGGUAAUGUAUCUGGCAGCAAAUCAAAUUUUUCCAACAAUCAGUUGAGCAUAACCAAAACAUGAAAGAUAUUGUGGUAAUAAUAUUUAUUAAAUUCAGUUAUUGGUUUUCACUUCCUUUUUCUUUACACAAUAGGUGUAGCAUGUUAAAUUAGGUUUCAUAUUUUCCUAGAUUAUUAGGCGCACACAUCUCUUCUCAGCACUUACUGUACCGGCAAGUUUUUUGCAGUCUAGAAGUAAGGCUCAUCAGGUUAAACUGCUAUGACUGUUGCGGAAAAUGUAAGUGAAAUGUUUUGUAUUUAUGGAAUGCAGCUCAAACGUGGAAAUAGUAAAAAUUAUGAGAUCAGUUGUAGUGUCAAGUUCCUUCGAAAGGAACUGUGCUGUACAGUUUUAUAGAUAUUAUUAAAGAAUCAUCUCUUUCCUGCUUGACAUUAAAUUAAAAAUAUUUCUAACCAUUUUAUUAAUUCUGUCCUUCUUUGUUUCAGAGCCACUGUGUAUUUAAGUAGCUGUGUGAGGCUGUCACAGCACGUAGUCUGCUGUCUGAAGUUUGAGACAUGGUUCCCUGUAAAGAAAUGAAAGUAAUUUAGCUGGGAGCCAUAGCUCUCCUUCAUGCGUGGAUUUACAGCCUUCAGUGGCAAGGAUGCUGCGCUAAAUCACAGUAACUACAUUCCUGUGUUGUUUUCAAUAAAUUUCCCUGGGCAUAGAACAACAAAAAGUCACUGAGUCUUGCCUGCGUGCUGAGCCCUGGCCACAAUGCCCCUUUUCUU